GUUGGCAAUUCUCAAUUUAAAAUUCCAUUAUAUUGGUAUCUGUGAAAGAAAUAUACAAAUUCUGGCAAGUCUGACACAUGUACAUUUCCUUAAAAUGUCCCUUUUCACUUAAAAUGCUUUUUUAAAAGACGUGGAUUAAGCAGAUACAGUACCAGCUACUGAAAUCUGUUAAAACAUACCAAACGUAGUUUAAGUUCUUCUUUCUGGGAACCAGAAUGUUAUAAAUUAUGUGAAAACAGAAUGUUUUCCUUCAAGUACUCCAUCCAGAGAUAAACACGUAGGCAAAUAGAAAAGUAUUCGCGAUUAAAUCCUAAUGUUUAUAAACCGUAGUUUAUUAUACCUAUUGUAAAAAUUAAUUGUGCUAUUAAACAAGUGAAUUAAAAAAAUGCUUCCACUUUCUCAUAAAGAUACGGUCGGCGGUGGUAUUCUGACCAGGAUUAAAGAACGGCUAAAUGGCUGGCUGAGACUUAUUUUCGCAGAUCGAAAUUCAAGAAACUUAUUCUUAUUUUUGAUACUUAAUUUAUCGUUCGCUUUUGUCGAAUUAGCAUAUGGCAUUUGGACUAAUAGUUUAGGUCUAAUAUCGGAUUCGUUCCAUAUGUUUUUUGACUGUACCGGUCUGCUAGCAGGGUUAGCAGCGUCGGUUAUAACCAAGUGGAAGGCGAAUGAAAAAUAUUCGUAUGGAUAUGUGCGUGCAGAAGUAAUUGCCGGGUUUGUAAAUGGGUUAUUUUUGCUAUUCAUCGCUUUCUUUAUCAUGUCCGAAGCGGUAGAACGUGCAAUCGAGCCACCAGAGGUGAAACACGAAAGAUUGUUUCUUGUAUCCGUUUUGGGCUUCCUAGUUAAUAUGGUGGGGAUAUACGCAUUCCAACACGGUCAUAGCCACGGAGGUGGAAGCUCGCAUGGACAUUCCCACGGACAUGGGCAUGCACACAAUUCUCAUGGCCAUUCGCAUGACCAUAGUAUUGACAUUGAUCUUUCUUCCGGUAAUUCACAAAUAAUGAAAGGAGUGUUUUUACAUAUACUGGCCGAUACCCUCGGAAGUGUCGGUGUUAUUAUUUCUGCUAUUUUAAUGCAGAUGUUUGGAUGGAUGAUAGCCGAUCCAAUUUGUUCGAUGUUUAUUUCUAGUCUUAUAAUUUUAAGUGUUUUACCAUUAAUUAAGGAUUCCGUGGUUAUUCUAAUGCAACGGCAACCCUCGAGCUUGGACAACAUUUUGCCCCAGUGCUAUCAAAAAGUGAUAAGUUUAGCGGGCGUUUAUUCGGUACAAGAACCGCAUUUCUGGACUCUUUGCAGUGAUGUGUACGUGGGUGCUAUUAAGUUAGAAGUUUCAAAAACUGUAGAUCCAAAGUACGUUGUGUCGCACACUCAAAUGAUAUUCGCUGCGGCCGGUGUUCGGCAACUCUACGUGCAGCUGGAUUAUACGCCUAUGUGAUCCUUAGGUCAAUUAAACAAUUUCAAAUUAUGUACCGCAUGCGUGAGACCCAAACAGUUGGGUAGCCGAAAGCUUAUUAAUUUAAUUUUUAAGAAUAAAAGUGUAAAAAGACCCAUUAAAAAUGUUUAAAUCGGUGUAUAGUCUGAAAUUUUUGUUAUGCUCAGUAAAUUGUUGGAAAAUUAAAAUUUAUUGGGAUCUAU